AUGGUUCUGAACCUAACCAGCAUGAGAACUUCUUCAGAUGGAGCUUGGCAGGGUGAUAAUCCUCUGAACCAUGCCUUCCCAUUGUUGAUAGUUCAAACCACCCUCGUCCUCUUCAUCAGUCGCUUCUUUGCCUUCCUUCUCAAACCAUUCUGCCAACCUAAAGUCAUUGCCGAGAUCUUAGGUGGGAUUUUGCUAGGACCUUCUGCACUUGGCCGGAUCAAAGAUUUCUCCCACAUUAUCUUCCCUUCAUGGAGUACUCCCAUACUCGAAUCAGUAGCAAGCAUCGGCCUCCUCUUCUACCUAUUCCUCGUGGGCCUCGAGCUUGACUUGAGCUCCAUCCGCCGCAGUGGCAAAAGCGCCAUCACCAUAGCACUUGCAGGCAUUUCCCUCCCUUUCCUUAUCGCGGUAGGAGUCACAUUCCUCAUGCGCAAGGCCAUCAACGGUGAGAACAAAGUAGGGUACCCUCAGUUCCUCAUGUUCAUGGGGGUAGCCCUCUCCAUCACCGCCUUCCCUGUCCUCGCACGCAUCUUAGCAGAGCUCAAAUUGCUCACCACACGCAUAGGUGAGACGGCAAUGGCUGCGGCAGCGUUCAACGACGUGGCUGCAUGGAUCCUGCUGGCCUUGGCCGUGGCCUUAGCCGGUGGGAACCAUGAAGGGCCUCUAGUAUCUAUUUGGGUUCUCAUUUCAGGUGUGGCUUUUGUUGCUUUUAUGUUCAUUCUGGUCCGUCCUAUGAUGACUUGGGUUGCUAACCGCUGCUCAUCUCAAAUUGAGGACGAAGCUUAUAUAUGCUUAACCCUAGCCGGGGUCAUGCUUUCCGGGUUCAUGACUGACCUAAUCGGUGUCCAUGCCAUCUUCGGGGCAUUUAUUUUCGGUUUAAUCAUUCCGAAAGGAGGUGAAUUCGCAGCCAAACUGACUAGGAGGAUUGAGGAUUUUGUAUCUGGUUUGCUUCUGCCUCUCUACUUUGCUUCAAGUGGUUUGAAGACUGAUGUUACUAAAAUACAUGGGAUCAAGGCAUGGGGUCUUCUGGCUCUGGUUAUAUCAGUUUCUUGCACUGGUAAAAUUUUGGGAACGUUUUUAGUUGCAAUGUUGUGUAUGAUACCAGUGAGGGAGUCAUUAGCUCUAGGUGUGCUGAUGAAUACUAAAGGGUUGGUGGAGCUUAUUGUUCUGAAUAUUGGCAAGGAGAAAAAGAUUCUAAACGACGAGAUGUUUGCUAUUUUAGUGUUGAUGGCAAUUUUCACCACCUUCACGACAACACCAACAGUGAUGGCCAUUUACAAUCCGUAUGUCGUUGCUUCCCAAUCUGAGAGUACUUUAGAGAGACAGAAUUCUCCAAGCAAGAACUCGAAGAAACAGAAGGAACUUCGAGUCCUUGCUUGUAUCCAUGGACCAGGAAGUGUACCCUCCCUUAUCAACCUCAUCGAGUCGACCGGAACCUCCUCCGAGAACUCUGUUCUCAAAGUUUACGUGAUGCAUCUUGUCGAGCUCACUGAUCGUUCUUCUUCCAUUAUGAUGGUACACAAAGUUCGGAAGAAUGGCUUGCCCUUCAUCAACCGCUUUUGUCUAGGGGUGGCACAAGGCCAUAUCGCCUCCGCAUUUGAAGCUUAUGGUCAAGUCGGUCAAGUCACAAUCCGGCACACAACAGCCAUCUCCGGUUUGUCUACAAUGCACGAGGAUAUUCUCCAUGUUGCGGAAGCUAAGAGGGUGUCCAUCGUUAUCUUACCUUUCAACAAACAGUGGAACAAACAGGGUGAAGAGAAGAUGGAAAAUUUAGGGCAUCGCUGGAAGGGAGUCAAUGAGAGAGUUCUAAAAUGUGCUAGUUGCUCAGUAGCUUUGUUCGUGGAUCGUGGAUAUGGUGUUGGAGCUCAUAAGGGUGCAAAGACCUCAAGCACUGCCAAUCUGAAGAGGGUGUGCAUUUUAUUCCUGGGUGGACCUGAUGACCGCCAGGCUCUGGAGUAUGUUGGCGGACUGGCAAAUCAAAGUGUCGUAGUUACUGUCGUGAGGUGUCUGGAACAGAACGCUACUCGUUUAAGCCCCACUACAAACCCAGAGAGGGAACUGGAUGAGGCUGCAAUGGCAGAGUUCCGAAGGCAGAAUGGGUCAGCGGAAUACAUAGAGGUGAUGGUCGACAACAUUAUAGACACGGUGGUGGGCAUAGGCCAGAGCAAGGAAUACGACCUGGUGAUUGUGGGGAAGGAGCACCACCCUUCAACCAUCGUUGCAGAAUUGGCUCACAAUCAGCUGGAGCAUGAUGAACUGGGACCAAUUGGAGACACAUUAGCUUCCUCCUCCCAUGGGAUUUUGUGCUCUGUGCUUGUGAUACAAACACCAAAGACUAGCAAAUGAAAUCCGGGGUUGAUAAUGUUGUAGGCUGUAGCAGUGCUCUUAUGUAAAUUAGUUUCGCACUAGAUUAUAUGUAGGUUCAGGCUUGUCAGAAUAAAAUGCUCCUAUGUCGCGGCUAAUUUCAGAUUUCGGGAGAUUACACCAUUC